AUGGCUAUGUACUGCUUGAAACCUGUCUUGUCACUACAACUGGGCCUGGAGACAGUUCAUGCCUUUCUGCAUUCUUAGGAGCUGGAUGAGAUUAAGAAGUCAGGGUUCCGUUGCCUCCAGAAUGUCGAAGUGGGUGAGACUAAUGUCCUCCUCUGGAAGCUGCUUCUUGUGCCAGAUUAUCGUCCGUACAAUAAAGGUGCAUUCCAGAUUGAAAUCAGCUUUCCGUGUGAGUAUCCAUUUAAGCCCCCCAAGAUCACUUUCAAGACAAAGAUCUACCACCCCAACGUGGAUGAGAAUGGCCAGGUGUGCUUGCCAAUCAUCAGCAAUGAGAACUGGAAACCUGUUACCAAGACAGAACAGGUGAUCCAAGCAUUGAUAACAUUGGUAAAUGAGCCUGAGCCAGCCCAUCCACUGCGUGUUGAUUUGGCAGAGGAGUUCACCCAGGACUAUGAGUGUUUCCUGUGCAAUGCUGAAGACCAUACCUGCAAGCUCAGUGAGAAGUGGCCAUAUGAGUAAUCCCCUGUCCAAAGCAUUGCCUGCUCACUCUUCAUGCUUGCUUUCCUAGUUAGCAGGAACUAGCUGGGAGAUUCUUUUGCAUAUGAACAAUCUCACUGGUUUGAUAAGGGGAGUGGGGCUUAAGCAGCCACUUUCACUAGUGCAUAUCAUCAAGCUAACAUACACAAUGGCAUCCUGGGGCUCUCUAGUACUUGACACCUGACUGUGAUAUUAACAUUGCACUUUGAGGUAUGUGAAACCUUAUGCCUGAAUAUGGUGAAAUGUAAGGUCAUUUCUUCCUGCUGCCAAACUAUUGCAUUCUAGUGGUUUACCCAUGGCUCUCCUGUCUCUUUCAAGAUCUGGUUUUCAGUGAUUUUUCUGAGAUUGUGUCCCAUUGAUGCACUUGGUGGGGAAGU